AUGGAAACACAAGAGGCACCAAAUAUUGAGACUAAAGAUGAAAAACAGAAUGGAGAUGCAGAUAUAAUAGUUACAAAUAAAGAUGAACAAAGUUCAAAGAAGAAGGAAGAAAAUAGUAAUGAUGAUAAUAAACCUGGGGAUGUUAAAGAACCUGCUGAUGAUAAUAAACCAAGUGAUAAGAAACAACCUGAUGAUGAUAACAAAUAUAGUGAUAAGAAACAACCUGAUGACGAUAACAAAUCUAGUGAUAAGAAACAACCUGCUGAUGAUAAUAAAGACAAUGCAGGUAGUGAUAAUGUUAUGAAUAUGUUUUUGAAUUAUCUACAGAAAAAUAAAGAUGACCCAGCUAUCCUUCAAACCAUGAUGUCCAUGAUGAGCGGACAAAAUAAAAAUAAUUUGUCAGCUUCUGACCUUUUGUCGUUUACAAAUAGCUUAAAUAAAAAAGGUGAAGAGAAGGGUGAAAAAAAUAAGGAAGAGGAGAAAAAGGAAAAUGAAAUGCCAAGUGAGGAUCUUAAAAAUCCAAGUGAAUUAAUAACAAAAGAAGAGAAAAAUGAAGAUAAUAUAUCUACAUCGGAUACACAAAAUGUUAGUAAUAAUAUAAUAACAAAAAGUGAAAGUGAUACUAAGCAAAAUAAUGAUAGUAGUAGUAAUAAUAAUAAUAAUAAUAAUUAUAGUGUGAGCGAAAAAGUUUCUGGUGAAGAGAACACUAAUAAUAAUAAUAACGAAGAAGUUGUUAAAAAAAAGCACAGUGUACUUGUAGAAGAUAAUGAUGAUUAUGAAAUUGAAGAAACUGUAGAACCCAAAGAACCAGUAGAAGAAGAAGCAAUAUCAAUAAUUGAAAAUAUAAAUAUUAAUAAUAAAGAAAAAGAAAAAAAAGGAAACGAUUUAUUUAGCCCUACUAGUAGUUCAAUUGAAAAUAAUAAUAAUGAUAAUAAUAAAGAAAGUAGUGAUUUUAAAUUGUAUCAUUCUAAAAAUACAUGGGAAGAAUUAAAAAUUGAUAAUGAAUUAAUACAAAUAUUAACAUAUUUAAAAUUUUUAGGACCAUCCAAAAUACAGGCUUAUGCAUUGCCUAUAAUUUUAAGUAGUAAUAAGAAUUUAAUAGCACAAUCACAAAAUGGAUCUGGAAAAACCUUAACUUUUGUGAUUGCUAUGUUAUGUAAAAUUAAUAGAACGCUUUCAUCUUUACAAGCUGUUUGUAUAUGUCCCACAAGAGAAUUAUCACAACAGAAUUAUGAUGUAGUAUGUAACUUUACGAAAUAUUUAAAUGUUAAAGUAUUUUUAGCUGUACCAUUAUGUGAAAGAUAUAAUAAAUCAGGUGGAUAUCAAAUAUAUGUAGGUACUCCGGGAAAAACGUUAGAUUUUUUAAAACGAAAAUUUAUUGACACAAAAAAUAUAAAAUUAUUUGUUUUAGAUGAAGCAGAUGAUUUAAUUGAUAUAAAAAAUAAUAUGUCUUCACAAGUAGAAACUAUUAAAAGAUUUUUACCGCGAUCUUGUCAAAUAUUAUUAUUUUCAGCAACAUAUAAUGAUAGUGUACGAAAAUUUGCAGAUCAAUUUGCUCCCAAAGCAACAAAGAUAAGUGUAAGACAAGAAGAUUUGACAUUAAAAUGUGUAAAACAAUAUUAUCUAAUAACAGAAAAUGAUGAACAAAAAUAUUAUUAUUUAUCGGAAUUAUAUUGUUCCAUGACAAUAUCACAAUGUGUUAUAUUUGUAAAUUCAAAAAAGUCAGCAUAUAAUUUAUAUAAUUUUAUGACAGAAAAUAGUCAUAAUGUAACAUUAAUAUGUGCUGAUAGUAUAAUAAGUCGUUUUACAAAAAAUCAAAUACAAAAAGCUAAUGUUCUAGGAAUGGAUCCUAAAACGAGAGAUACCUUAAUGGCAGAUUUUAAAAAAGGAAUAUCAAAAGUAUUAAUAUGUACAGAUUUGUUAUCUCGUGGUAUUGAUGUACCAUCCAUAAGUUUAGUUAUUAAUUUUGAUUUGCCAUAUAUAUAUCAAGGAAGAAUAGGUGAUACUCUAAAUAAUACAUCUAACCAACGUGUUAAUAUGGAAACAUAUAUACACAGAAUAGGUAGAACAGGUAGAUUCGGAACUAAGGGUAUGGCAAUUAAUUUUAUUAGUAAAAACCAAAUGUCUCAUAUUAAACAAAUAGAGGAAUAUUAUAAGUGUUCUAUAGCUGAUCUAGAAUUCGAUUCGGAAUUAAUGAUAACAUCCUUGACCAAAUUGAAAAAUUAA